AUGGACCAGGUGAUGCUGGAUCUGAACGAUCCACACCGGAGACGUCAACCCUUAGUAGACGCCUCCAGCCGAAUUAACCACGCCAGGUCACCAAAGGUGGAAACCCCCAAGGUUCAUGUUGAGAAUAUCGAUCUGCUGAAGACACCAGAUCGUAUGUCUGUCGUCAUGAGCCCUAGCCCGAGAGAAAAGGAAAACCAGCGGCUCUCCGUUGCCACAGAUUUUCAGUCUGACUCGGCACGAAACUCUGUCGUCUCGGCCGCUUCUAUCUUGUCUAACAAGGGGAAGAGAAAGACUCAUGUCGGGCCAUGGCAGCUAGGAAGAACCCUCGGCAAGGGCGCUACUGGCCGCGUCCGGCUGGCUAAGCAUGCUGUUACAGGUCAGACCGCCGCGAUCAAGAUCGUGUCCAAGAAGUCUGCCGCGAUGGUGCAAAGCGAGAGCAUUGCUGCCAUGGAUCGUAAUGCCAGUAACUUCUCGGGCUUCUCAAAUGCUCGCCACAUGCCCUGUGGGAUCGAGCGUGAGGUUGUUAUCAUGAAAUUGAUUGAACACCCUAAUGUCAUCAGUCUGUACGAUGUUUGGGAGAACCGUGGUGAACUCUACCUUGUUCUCGAGUAUGUUGAAGGGGGUGAACUUUUCGACUAUGUCUCCAAGCAUGGACCCCUACCAGAGGAGGAGGCAGUGCGACUUUUCCGUCAGAUCAUUGCUGGCCUCGGUUACUGCCACCGAUUCAACAUCUGCCACCGUGAUUUAAAGCCGGAGAACAUUCUGCUUGAUGGACAACACAAUGUCAAGCUUGCUGAUUUCGGCAUGGCUGCUCUGCAACCCGCUGGCCAUUGGCUCAAUACCUCAUGUGGAAGUCCCCACUACGCAGCACCCGAGAUAAUCUACGGACGAAAAUACCGCGGCGACAGAGCGGACAUGUGGAGUUGUGGAAUUAUCUUGUACGCCCUUUUGACCGGAUAUCUGCCCUUCGAUGGCGGUGAUCUCCCUAACACAUUGCGACUGGUCAAGAAGGGUGACUACAUGAUCCCCCAAGAGUUGAGUGAUGAAUCGGCCGAUCUCAUCCAGCGAAUCCUUCAAAAGCGUCCUGAAGACCGCAUUUCCAUGCAAAAUGUGUGGAUGCAUCCAUUGUUGACAAAGUAUGAAAAGCUUCACAAUGCUAUGGCAGAUCACUACAUUGGACCACCACCUGCCUUGUCCGUCAAGGAUUGCGGCAACCUUGUUACAGAUCGCCGUGAUAUCGAUGGUGAUAUUCUGCGUAACCUGCAGACGCUCUGGCAUGACGUUAAGCCCGAUGCCUUGGUUGACAGGAUUAUGUGCCUUGAACCUACCCAUGAGCGGAUGUUCUACAAUGCCCUUGCCAAAUUCCGCGACGAACAAUUGGAGAAUUAUCAAGGACAGCCUCUUGAAUACUCAGCUAGCGACUACCACCAUAUUUCCCGACCUGGAGGCAAGGGUCGCCGGAACCGCAGCAACUCGAAGCGUCGCUCGCACAUUUCAAAGGUCAAAGACCUCCACCGUCGCAUGGGUGGCACUCAAGAACCGAAGUCUUGCGCAAGUGUUGAAAGCUAUGAUCCGUAUCGGUCACCGAAGAACAACGGCGCCGCUGCUGAGGCCAAGUUUGCCCAGAUCACCAUCCACAAGGAAACCGUCGAGGUUCUUGAAAUUGGUGAUGUCUCUCCCGUGGUCAAGCCCCCUCUUUCCAUCGCAGAAGAAGUAGAGCCUGAGGAGACAGACGAUGUGACCGAGUCACCAUUUACCGUACUUCAGAAGCGGAAGCACAAGCCAAGCUCUAUGAAGUCUUUCCACUCGUCUAAAUUGGUUCACUCUAGUUCUCGAGCGCCUGGGAUGUCCACUCGGUCAACAAGCUACCGUCGGAAUGUUUCAUUCCAUCAUGCACGCAAUCGAUCCCAAGGCUCUACCAAGCCUAAGAGGCGAAAGACGGCACAGAAAGAUCAAAACGCCCAGACUGAUCUUAAGCGGUCACCCAGUGCAGCUAGCUUGCAGAUAAUUGCGGAUGGGAUGGAUAUCCCACCCAUUCCUAGCAGCCCACCCCUUCCUGCCCAACCGACAGUGGUCCACCGAAGCGGCAUGAAGGCUAGAACUGUGUGCCAGGAGAAAAGGAUCCGUGUGUCUGAUUUGAGUUGGAAGGAAGAUGCCCGCAAGGUGUCACACGAGCUUAGCCAAAUCUGUGAAGAGGCCUUCAAUGGCAGCUCUAUCUCGACCAUUCGCAGCGCUAGCGACGAAGCCGGAUAUGAGACACCUGCGACUCCUGUUUCUAUUGCCAGUCAAAAUCAGCACGUCGCUGUUCCCACCAAGCCUUCCUCGGAAACUCCAAAGGGAGGUUUGAAGGAGUCCGGUCGCUCUUACAGUAUUCACGAGCUAACCGAAACACGACGCAAGCUUGUUGAGCACAGCAAGGGAAGGAAUGACAACAUUCCUGCAUACUUGUCUGGUGUGAUCGGACAUCUAGAUAGGUUGAUUGAGGAAGACCAAGCACAGCAUCACAAGCGGAGUGAAUCAGGAGAAGAUGUUCCUGUCUUCAUGGACCCUUUCGAUACCAUACCUGAAACAUUGCCUGUUAUCAAGGAGGAGUUUGCGAGCCCCGUCCGAGGCCCGGUUGACCUAACUCCCAAGUCGAAGUCCAAGCAGCGUCCGUCGGCCGCGAGCCGUGUGAGCGAUUCUCGAGCCACAAUUAGGAUGGUCCCACAUAGCUCCGUGCGGUCUCUUCAUGAGGUCAAGCCCUUGAUGAUUCGUAAGAAGAAUCAGCUUUCCGAGUCAUAUUCUGCUGAGCCUGAGUCUAUGGACCCCAUGCGCGCCUUCUCUGCCAGUUCUCGUCAAACCCGAAAUGCUUGUGGACUGGAACCCAUCGAGGAGGCUCCUGUCUCUCCUAAGCAUCGAUCGGCUGAUGGCAAGAAGUGGUCCUGGUUCAAGCAUCGGCCUCAAGCUUCUGAUUCCGCCCCAGCUCUUCCGCCUAAGGAUACCAAGCAAAUUGUCCCCAGCACUGGCACCGUGGUCAUUCACACCCCUCCUUCAACACCGACUUCGCCAAUCAAGACAACCGAGGGUAGGGUACCGACUCGCAAGUCCUCCAUGGAGCGAUUUGGAGGAGCAUUGAAGAAGCUCGUGUCGAAGAAGGCGAACAAAACCGCCCCCCAGGAAACAGGUAAAUCAACUAUCAACUGCUUUGCCUAUACGCCGCUAAACCCCAAGAAAGACAAAGAACAGGAGAACCUUAAGGAUCAACAGAAUCCUCGUUCCUGCAAGGGAUUUCCCGAUGCAGAAAGCCCAUUUGAAUCUGACGACCCUCAAAAUCCCGCACGCAACAAGCGCCUUUCCCUCGCCAACCAGAACUGGUUCGCUCGUGUAUUCCAGAUCAAGCCUGCUACUAGGGUCAUUGCCCUCAAUACCUCGAAGGUCAAGGGACGAAAAGAGGUCUACCGUCUCCUUCGUGAGUGGGAAGACUAUGGUAUGGAAGAUGUUACCAUGGAUAAGAGCAACAGCGUUGUUCACGGACGUGUCGGCGAGGUCAACUUCCUGCGUCUCCGAGAGGUUGAAUUCACCGCAGAAUUCUACACUGUUCUUGAGCACGGCCGCCAGGCAAACCUUAGUCUGGUCCGGUUCAAACAAGAGCGCGGUGCCGCAUCCUCCUUCAACAAGGUGGUCGAUACAAUGCACAUGAUGCUCAAGAGCCGUGACAUGAUUGUUCAAGACACCGUUCGAGCCAAGAAGAUGUCCCGCGUGCUGGAAUCCAUUCCAAACGCCUAA